AUGGCAUGGAGGGACACAGAGGGCGCCGCGGCAGCGCCGCGGAGGCGACGCGCAGCAGCUGCCCAGGCAGAGCGCGCCGUGAUCGUGAGCGCGGCUGUGCAGGCGGCAGUGGCGGCGGGUGUGCAGGCGGCCCUGCAGACCCAAGCCAUUCCGGCUGACGGCUGUGGUGGAGCCGAGCUCGCGGCGCUCGAGAAGCAGGACUGCACCAUGGACGAGCUCCGCGAGUGGUACGAGGACGGCGGCGACAAGGGCUCCGCGUACCAGGCGGAGAUCAGCAAGGACCAAUUGGAAGUAUUGACCUCGUUCGGGGUGCCGGAUGGGAGCUACUUCAUCGGAGUACGCAGGGGCAGGAAGGUAGUCAAGGUGUUCGACUUCAUGGGCCACCAGCUGUCCCUGACGAAUGACAUCGAGCUGAACCUGGGCCAGGAACAGGAUGAGGAGAAUGAGGAGACGGCAGCAGGCAUCGGCGGCGGCAGCAUCGGCGGCUGUGAAGUCGGAGCUACGGGGAACAUCUUCGGGGAUACGUGGAUGAAUGGCGAGGCGGUGACGGCAGCAGGCAUCGGCGGCAGCGGCAUUGGCGGCUGUGAGGUCGGAGCUGGGGGGAAGAUCUUGGAGGAGACGGAGUUGGACGGCGAGGCGGUCUUCGAUGAGACGGAGAUGAACGGCGAGGCGGUGACGGCAACAGGCAUCGGCGGCGGCGGCAUUGGCGGCUGUGAGGUCGGAGCUGCAGGGAAGACCUUGGAGGAGACGGAGUUUGAUGGCGAGGCGGUGACGGCAGCUGGCAUAGGUGGCGGCGGCGGCGGCAUCGGCGGCUGUGAGGUUGGAGCUACUGGGAAGAUCUUCGGAGAGUCGGAGAUGACCGAUGCGGCGGUGGCUGCGGAUAGCUCGUUGGAGGCUCCUGUCUGCGGCAUGGCUGGCAAGAUGGAGGAUGAGAGCGACGAUGACGAGGUGUACGAGUUCGGGGUGGAGGUCAAGAACUCGUUCAGCGCGUUCGUGGAGGGCGGGGGCGAACUGAAGGAGAUUCCACCGUUCCCCAACCUUGUCGGCAAGGCUGCGCUGGCGAGCGCGGAGCAGGUAAUCGAGUUCGGCGACGACGGCAAGCAGUGGCGUUACGACGAUCGCGGUGCUUUGCAGAAGGCUGUGCAGGCGGGCUCAGAGAAGUCCAGCGCGUGCGGCGACGUUGGCAGGCAGGACGAAGGACACAAGCAUGACAUGUACGAUCACCUGUCCACCGAGGCGGCCGUCGCGGAGGCCGUGAAGCGCUUUGGAGUCGAGUGGGCCAAGAUGCACUUGAAAGAGGAGUGGGUGAGCACCUACCUCGAUUAG